AUGUUUGACCCCGUAAAGUGGAUAUUACGCAUGGUGUACUUUUAUUCGCGGCUUCUUGGCGUAAUAAACUUUGAGAUUGACAUGAAAACCGGUCGGGCGAGCGUCACGAGACGAGCAUCGAUAUAUGCAGGUGUGGUUAAUGCUUUGACUCUGAGCCUAUUACCAUUUUUGGGUCUCAGUAAUCUGGUGCAAAUAUGGUCACAUGCCGGGCUGCUCCACGAGUAUCUCUUCCUAGUCAUCUAUGUGACGCGAGUCGGCUGCCUUGUGAUAACGUUAUGCAGUCGCUGGUGGCAGCGCGGUCGGCUCAUUCACCUGGUGAACGCCUUUAGUCGCUUGGCAUUUCGGAGACCACAAGUUAUGAGAAUGUGGCGUCGCAGAGUUGUUUUAAAAUUUAUGAGCAUUUUCUUAUCGGAGAUCUCUCAAGUAGCAAUAAGCUUUUAUCCGAUCCGAACAUACCUGACUCUUAAGUUGACCUUUAUCAUUCUUAUGUUGUAUGCAAUGACAGCCCUGGUAAAUGUGAUAAUCUCGCAUUUUUACUUUAUAAAUGUGAAUGUGCAUAGCUAUUACAUCCUGCUCAACCAGGAGAUACAGGCAGUGCUCAGCGAGAUACGUUCCCUGGAUGGUGAACAUCGAAGGGCUACUCGCAUGAUUAAAUGCUGCUUUCUAGCCGACCAGCUGGAGGACAUAGCCAGGACGCAGUCUGAAUUGCAAACGCUUCUACAACGUUCAACCCGUAUUUUUGACAUUCAGGGUCUCUGUAUAACCGUCAUUAUGUACCUUUCCAUGAUUACUACCAUAUACUUUACCUUUGUCGGCCUCACAUUGACAAACCGUGCCUUAAGCUGGAGCUUCUCAAACGUACUAUUCUUGUUUGAAGUCACCUUCUACUUUGCGGAUAUUCUGGUCACCAUGGACAACCUAUACAUUGUCCUAGAUGUCCAUGCGGAAAUGGUAACCCUGCUGGCGCAGUUUUCAACGCUUGCUCCGGGCUUAGAUGAGCGUUUGGAGAUGGUCUACGAGAGUUUCCAGCUUCAGCUUGCGCGGAACCCCUUACAGGUGUGCCUCUUUCAUCUCUAUAAAGUAGAGCGAGCAAAAGCUGUUGCUAUAGCCAGCUCAAUAGUAAGCAACUCUCUGGUGUUGGUUCAAUACGAAGUGCAAAAUACAUAG